AUGGUGGCGACCCUGGCACCGGCGGAGCCGGCGCCAACUGCCGCAGCGCCAGCGCGGUGCAAGAUAUUCACCCUUUGGGAGUAUCCCGGUGUGGCGCCCCUCUACGCCCGGCUCAACGUCGAGGUAGGCCAAGGAGGCUUGGUUUUGAUCUGUUACUCUGGUGUUGAGUACCAAAGUGACGAGCCUGUUCUAAUCCACCGGAAGAACGUGAUGAAGUGGAUCCUUGCCGGUCAGUUCUCAGAUAUGCAGGUGCGGGCGACCGGUGCAAAAUGA